CCCUGGGCUGCUGACGUGUGCACGGCUGACGUGUGCAGAGGGCGCCGGGCUGGCUGUUUGGCUGCUUUCCUCCGGACUUUCUCAUUUCACCGGAACUGCAGCGCGACCUUCCCUCUCUCCAUGGACGCCCCCAACCAAGGAAAAUAAAUGCAAAUAAAUUGGUUCCAAUCCAUCGAGUGACUUAUCAGUUAACUGCCUGAACCAUGUGAUGAAAUACUUAGAUGAUUGAGAUAUCAACCUUAACUCUCCCAACAAAGGUCUGCCUGGAAACAUGACUGAUGUGCCUGUAAAUACUCCUGCAAGUGGGGAUGGAAUUGGUGUACUAUCUGAAGCUGAAACAGAGGAGCUCAGGAGUGAACUUGCCAAGGUUGAGGAUGAAAUAGCAACACUUCGACAGGUGCUAGUUGCCAAAGAAAAACAUGCUUCUGAUAUCAAAAGAAAGUUGGGAUUGACACCAUUCACUGAGCUCAAGCAAAACUUAAGCAAGAGUUGGCAAGAUGUACAAGCAUCAAAUGCCUAUAAAGGAGCAUCUGAAAAAGUUGAAGAUUUGAAUAAGACAAUCACUCAGUCUGAAGUGUACAAGAAGACACAAGCAACACUUUCCACUGCUGGAUCAAAGACCUCUAGUGCCAUUUCCAGUGUUGGCUCAGCUCUUAGUAAGACGCUGGGGGAAAUUAAGUCUCACCCUUUUUCUCAGUCCUUUAGCAGCUACUCCAUACGCCAUUCAAUAAGCAUGCCAGCUAUGAGGGAAUCACCUACCUUCAAGUCAUUUGAAGAAAGUGUUGGAAAUCUAAAGGCUAAAGUCAUUGGCAAUGAAAAUAACAGCAAAGAUGGCUAUCAUACUCCUACUGCUUCAAGCCCAACUACAGAGGAAAAACUUUCACAGGACAAUGCACCUUUCUGAACAAGAGCUGUUCUCUUCAUACCUGACUCAGUGAAUCCCAAAUCUACACAAAUUGAAUUUAAUGCAACUGCAGUCAUCAUGUUAAUGUGCAUAUCAUUAUUUGAAACCCAUUUAAUGAAAAGUGCAUUACAACUGAUCUAGAAGUCUGAUAACCAUUUUGUAAUAUGUAAAACUUGAACACAAAUGUGGCUGUCAGAAUUCUCUAGCAAAUUUGAAACCGCAUCAAAUUCUCUUUAUAAAGCGAUUGUCGCCAUUUGAAAACUAGUUCUGACUACCUUUUAAAACCUCCAUUUCAACACUUGGCACACUACUAUUAACUCAGAUUCAUAUCAUACUAGCCUUACUUUGCUUUAAUGCCACUUUUAUAUGUAUGGGCCAACUCUGGGAUGCAAGUGGAUAGAAUUUCCAGUACUAUUUAAGCUUGUAUAGAAUGACUAUUUACCACAACAGACGUUAUUUCAGGAGAGCUUAUUUGGACAGGGAUGACUUCUGCUUCUGUUGUACGUCCAGCUGCUUUAAACAUGUAUAUUUAGUACAUUUGUUAGUGACUGAAGCAAGCUGAAUUUUUAAAAUAUUAAAACCAAAAUUCUGAUUACAGGUUAGAGUUAAUAUCCAGUGGGCGAUAAGGGAUAUAAAUGUGAAAUUUUGAGUUUUAAUGGAAUGACAGUGUAGGUUUUAGUGUAGAGUGUUUUGAUGCAUUUGAGUAAUUAUCUGGCCAUUUCUAGUUUCAAGCAAAUGGUGUGGGGGUUGUUCUGCUGUUCCAUGUAUGCAAGGAUAUAAUUGUACAUUUCCCUUUCUAUCACUAGAAUGCUCACAAUUAAAUAUUGGUUAUUAAAGCUU